AUGGCUUUUAACCGCCCCGGCAUUGCCUCCAUGUCCCUAGGCCGGCCCUGGGUACAUGAUCUUCCUGGCAAGCUGAUGCAGGCCGCAGCCCACGGCUUCGAAGGUAUCGAACUCUUCUUCGACGACCUAGACUGCUACGCACAGCGAGUAUUUUGCGGCGACCACCACGCAGCUGCACUCUCAACACGACGGAUGUGCCAACGCCUCGGCUUGACCAUCAUCUGCCUACAACCCUUCUCCAUGUACGAGGGUCUCCUCGACCGCAGCGAGUCAGACCGACUCAUCAACGAGAAGCUUCCUGAAUGGUUCGUCCUAGCGCGGGCGCUGGGCACAGACAUGAUUCAAGUUCCCUCAAACUUCCUAGGCCCAGAUCCCAAAACCGGCGCUGCUCGCACAACCGGUGACCGCACUGUUAUCGUUCGUGACCUCCAGCGUCUGGCAGAUCUGGGUGCCGGUGCUGGCUUCCGAUUUGUCUAUGAAGCGCUCUGCUGGGGUGAUCAUGUCGAUACGUGGGAGGCCUCGUGGGAGGUCGUGCGUGAUGUCAAUCGUUCCAACUUCGGUCUCUGUCUUGACUCUUUCAAUAUUGCCGGCAGGGUCUAUGCAGACCCCGCUGCACCUUCGGGUCGUACCCCCAACGCCGCUGCAGACUUGGCUGCUUCAAUGCAGCGUCUGCGCACUGCCAACAUCGAUCCCGCUAAGAUCUUUUAUGUGCAGCUUGUUGAUGGAGAGCGUCUUUCCGCCCCAUUGGAUGAGAAUCAUCCUUUCUACGUUGCUGGACAACCUGCGCGAAUGAAUUGGUCCCGAAAUGCCCGUUUAUUUCCCUUUGAAGAGUCGCGUGGCGGAUACUUGCCCAUUGUAGAUAUUGCUCGCGUCUUCUUUGAGGAUAUCGGGUUCCGUGGCUGGGUUUCUCUUGAGCUGUUCAGCCGCACACUCGCCGAUACCGAUCCAUUUGUUCCCGCUGAUCAUGCUCGUCGCGGUAUGGAGUCAUAUAAUAAGAUGGCUCGGCUUUUGCGCUGGGAUGAGCCAGCGGAGACAUGCGAGGAGCCUGUUCAACACCGCCUUUGA